AUGAGUGAAAAGAAAGAGAUACCGUAUGUAAACAGGUAUUUGAUCAGGAAAACAAAUUAUAAAUUACAUUAUUUCAGUUGUAAAUGCAAUUCUCCUAAAGACAAUAAUUGUGCCCAUUAUUUGUCAAAUUGGCUGAUUGAGAAUGGUAAACUUUCGCCAAAACCAAAAGGUUCAACAGCAACCUGCUCUGAAGGACGAGUAUUGCGUGCCAAGGAUUUGGCGUCGGGAUUUGGAAAAAAUGCCGUUGGAUUCGGGAAUAUAUUCAAAAAUGAGAUGGGGCUGUCUAUGAGCCAUAAUCCGCCCAAAGGCGAUUGCUUCAUUUACUGCGAGCGUGGUGGUCGAGGACAUGUUUACUAUGGAACUAAGUCUAAUUGUGUUGCUGGAACGGGGAGCGGAAAGGAUUUUGGGGCGCAGUACUAUCAAUAUUAUACUUAAUUUACAACUAAUUUAUGCUGAUCAAAAGAAUUAUAUUUUGAAAUUCAUAAAUGAAUU